CGAUGAUGAGGAAUGAAUUUUUCUUCUUGCGUUUUGUUCAGGUGAUGUGAGUUGCUUUUUGAAAAGGCAUCCAAGAAGUGAAGAACAGCGUUUCCUUCGUACACCUAUUGUUUCGCCUUCUUGGAGUUGAAAUAUAAAUGCAAUCUCCUUUAGGAUGGGCUGGAUAGUGCCUCUGAAAUGAACAAGGGACCGUGUGAAACUCCAACUCAUUUGUUGGAUGGAAUUGCAUUUUCUUUAUUUUCACCUGAUGAAAUCAAGGCGCUCAGUGUGAAGGAGAUCACCAAUCCGGAGACGUUUGAUACGUUGAAUAAUCCCAACCCGUGUGGCUUGUAUGAUUCCGCACUCGGACCUUUCAAUCGCUCGGAUACCUGCACCACAUGCAGACAGCAGCAACUGCACUGUCCUGGUCAUAUUGGCCAUGUCCAGCUUCCACUGCCCGUCUACCACCCGAUCUUCUUCAAGACUUUGUUGCAGAUUGUGAAGGGUGGCUGUAGAUAUUGUCAUCGUGUUCUGGCUUUGCCAUGGCAGUUGGCAUUGACGCAAGGUCAGCUCAGACUGGCCAGCUAUGGCCUUCUAGCGGAAGCUGUUGAUCUAGGCAGUUUUGUUCCAGACAGUGUUGGUCCAGAUGGCGAAGAGGGUGCGUCCACAGUACACGAGAGGGUGGCAUCCAUCCUGGAGAAGGUUGGAUAUGCCAACAUGGACGAGUCAAACCUGAAUACGCUGACGCGGCAUGCAGUUGACUUCCGGCGUCAACUAGUCACCGACUUCUUCAAGCAAUUAAAGGUUGCAAAGUGUCCGCAUUGUAAGGCGCCUGUCCGAGGCCUUCGGCAGGAGCAGGGUGUAAGGAUUUUCGCUAAGCCGCUGCCCGCUAAAGUUGCCAAUAAGUGGGCAACGUUUGUUGUGGACAAGGAGCUGGAAAAGAACGGCGGGAAUGUCAUCACAGCAGACCUAGGGACUGGUGGUAGCCACCCGCAGCUUGGGUACAAAGAGAUGAUUGAUCGGGAGCGCGAUAGCCUGCUUGCCCUGACGCUGCUGAUGCCGCAUGAAAUCCGCGAGCACGUGGUGCAGAUGUGGCAGCUUGAUCAGGGCGUUCUGCAACACGUCUUCGGCGUACUGGGCACUGUACCCAAAGUUAACGUGCAAGGCUCUCCAAUGGACAUGUUCUUUGUCCAGGUGCUGCCUGUUGCACCAAGCCGCUUUCGACCGGUGUCAGAGAUGGGCGAACGAAGGUUUAUUCAUCCAGAAACUCAGGGCUUAGCCAAGAUCAUUUCGGACAACAUUGGUUUGCGGGAGGUGAUCGUUGACCUGAAAGCGAAUGGAGAUAGCGAGGACAGUGCAAAGGCCAAGAAGGUUCAGUACCUCUGGCAGCAGGUGCAGUCUGAUGUGAAUGCAUUGAUGGACAGUGACCUGAUACCUAAGCAACCCGGCGAGAGGGUGGCUGGUGUACGCCAGUUGCUUGAGAAGAAGGAAGGUCUGUUUCGCAGGCAUAUGAUGGGCAAGCGUGUAAACUAUGCUGCACGUUCGGUCAUUUCACCUGACUUGAACAUCAAUGCGGAUGAGAUUGGCAUUCCCCAGGUGUUUGCCAAAACACUGACGUAUCCGCAGCCAGUCACGUCAUGGAAUGUGCAGCAACUUCGCAAAGCAAUCCUCAAUGGUCCCAAUGUUCAUCCAGGUGCCUUUGCUGUGGAAAUGGAAGAUGGUUCCCGUGUUCUGAUCAAGAGCAAAGACCUCACGCAACGGCAGGCACUGGCCAAGCAGUUGCUGACUCCAAGCGCCAAUGCUCCAACUGGUACAUGCAAGAAGGUGCAUCGUCAUUUGAUCAGCGGUGAUGUCAUGCUGCUCAAUCGCCAGCCAACCCUGCACAAGCCCAGCAUCAUGGCUCACAAGGCCUAUGUGCUGCCAGGGGAGAAAACCAUCCGAUUGCACUACGCAAAUUGCAAGUGCUACAAUGCCGAUUUUGAUGGUGAUGAAAUGAACGCUCACUUUCCGCAGAAUGAACUGGCGCGUUCCGAAGCCUACAACAUUGCUGCUACAAGUCAUCAGUACCUGGUGCCCAAGGAUGGUUCACCGCUCAGUGGUCUCAUCCAGGAUCACAUGGUUGCUGGCGUUAUGAUGACAAUCCGUGGCCGCUUUUUCUCCCGGGACGAGUACCAUCAGCUGGUGUUCCGGGCGUUGCCUCGCAGUGUCGGCCAUGUACGCCUUCUUCCGCCAUGCAUCAUGAAGCCCAAACAGCUUUGGUCUGGCAAGCAGAUUGUAUCUACAUUACUUCUGAACAUCACACCCAAGGAUAGAGCAUUACUGAACCUCGGCGGUAAAGCCAAGAUCGCUGACAAGGCAUGGAAGAAUCGGAAACCACGCAGAGCAUUCAUGCAGGUUCUGCAGGAAAAUGAAAUGUCUGAAUCUGAGGUUAUCAUUCGUCAAGGAGAGUUACUAUGUGGUGUCCUGGACAAGGCACACUUUGGAAGCACAGCCUACAGUUUGGUACAUGCCUGCUUCGAGGUGUAUGGUGGAAGUAUAUCCAGCCUUCUCCUGUCUUGCCUGGGAAAGCUAUUCUCUACGUUCCUGCAGCUUCAUUAUGGCUUUACACUCGGUGUCGAAGAUAUCCUUGUCAAGAAGAGGGCAAACAGGAAACGGCAGGACGCCAUGGCCCAGAUGGCACAGUGUGGUGGUGAGGUCAUUCGGGAGGCAAUGGGACUGGAGCAAGAUGCAGACGAUGAAGUGGCGCAGGCCAAACACGAAGCGGCUCAUCGAAAGCAGGAUGGUCUCCACGUGGUGGACUACGCAAUGAAACGGCGCACUGACGAGGCCACCAACCUCAUCAACAAGCUGUGCAUACCUGAUGGCCUGGUGAGACGCUUUCCGUACAACUCCUUGCAGUUGAUGGUACAGUCCGGUGCUAAAGGUUCAAUGGUCAACUGCAUGCAGAUCUCCUGUCUGCUGGGACAGAUUGAGUUGGAAGGUCACCGGCCUCCGCUCAUGCCCAGUGGCCGUUCACUGCCCAGCUUUCAGCCGUAUGAUCCGAGCCCGCGUGCCGGUGGAUUCAUCGAUGGCCGUUUUUUGACCGGAAUCCAGCCGCAGGAGUACUUCUUCCAUUGUAUGGCCGGCAGAGAGGGUCUCGUCGAUACUGCUGUGAAAACCAGCCGUAGCGGUUACCUGCAGCGCUGCCUCAUCAAGCAUUUGGAGUCGUUGCAGGUCAACUACGACUUGACUGUUCGUGAUUGUGACGGCACUGUUGUUCAGUUCAACUAUGGUGAAGACUCGCUGGACAUCGUCAAGACACAGUUUCUCUCCAAGAAGCAGCUGCCGUUUGUUGUUGACAACUUCCAGGCUUUCCGCGAGCAGUGUGAUGUUGGCGCAGCACUGAACUCUCUGAACUUGUCCAAAGCAUCUAAGUACAAGAGGAAGAUCGAUCGCUGCACGCAAAAGGGUGCAGACCCCCUGUGCAGCAUGCAGCACCGCCGUGUCGCAGCAUCGCCCUUCCUCGCGUUCUGCCGCAAGCACGAACACCUCGUCGAUCCCAGCACUCUCAGUAGGGACGACCAAGUCACUGGCCGGUCAUUGACUUCCUCCGCUCUCUUGUCACGCUGGUCUGAGCUGGAUGAGGCACAGAGAGAGAAAUAUCGCAAGAGAGCCGUGCCGUUCCCCGACCCAGCUCUAUCCGUACUGCGACCCGACCACUACUAUGGCUCUGUGUGUGAGAAGCUGGAGCAUGUCAUCGAUCAGUACGUGAACGAGUCCGUCGCCAAGGGUCACCUCAGUCACGGAGAGACAACCGACUCACUCGAAAGCUUACAGUCGGAUAGUUCAACAACUGAUGAAAGGAGCACACCCACUGCAGAUCAACUCAAAGCGUUGGUCAACCUGAAGUACAUUCAGUCCCUCGCGGAGCCUGGUGAAUGUGUGGGUCUUCUCGCUGCCCAGUCCAUUGGCGAGCCGUCCACGCAGAUGACGCUGAACACGUUUCAUUUUGCUGGUCGUGGAGAAAUGAACGUCACACUCGGUAUUCCUCGUCUUCGUGAGAUCUUGAUGGUGGCUAGUGCCAACAUCAAGACACCGGCUAUGGAUGUGCCGUUGCGAGCACGUGGACCUGAUGCAGCUGACGACUCACAGUUCCUGAAGAAAAGAUUCACAAGAGUUCUUUUGUCUCAGGUGUUGGAGAAGGCCGAGAUCUUCGAAACGCUCUGCGAAUCGCCUGCUGGCGGUAAUCGGUUACGACAGUACCGGAUACGGCUCAGUUUCUUACCGCAUGAAGCGUACAAGGAUGAGUUCAGUGUCACGCCGGACCUGGUGCUGCAGUCCACCGAGGCCCGCUUCUUCCGCCUGCUGGUUGCCAACAUUCGCAGGGUGAUCAAGAAGAUGCAGAAAGCCAGGGAAGAGAGCACAGCCGUCGUUCCUGAAAUCGUCCACCGGCCGCGAACAACAGAUGAGAACGGCCCUGACAGCGAACCAGAUGAAUUGCUAUCGGACGUUGACGAGGAGGGUGCCGAUGCAUCCAGUGCGAAACUGCACGCGCGCAAGAAGCAGCAAGUGUCUUACGACGAUGAUGAUGACGAUGAGGAGAUCAUGUAUUCGGAUUCGGAUUCGGACUCAGACAGUGAUGCUGCCCACGUCAAAUCUGAAGCCUCGGCAGCUGGUGGUGGUUCCGGAGAUGAGAGUGAUAACAGUGGUAACACUAAUGGUGUGCCUCAUCAUCCUUCAACUCCAGGAGCAAGAGCUCGAUCGACCGAUACAGAUGUUCAGUUCCGUGUUCGGGGUGUUACACAAGGAAGUUCAGCUGUUACAGACUACUGCUAUGACACAAAGAACAACCUCUGGUGUGAGGUCAUUCUAAAGUUCCCUAUCAUGUACAGCAAGGUCAUGAUCGCAGAUAUCAUUGAACGAACGUCUAGGAAGUACAUCGUGCAUGAAGUGCCUGGCAUCCAGCGAUGCUUUAUCAACGAGAGCAAAGAAGCUGGCGAAAACGGCAUGUGGCGCCUCAAGACGGAGGGUGUGAACUUGCCGGAGUUGUUCUACUACCCGGACAUCAUUGACAUCAAUAAGCUGUAUACCAACAACAUCCACGCCCUUGCGGCAGUCUAUGGUAUUGAAGCAGCUCGCCAGGCACUCGUCAAGGAAAUUGCGGCCGUCUUCAAGGUGUACGGUAUUGUAGUGGACUAUCGGCAUCUGUCUCUCAUCGGUGACUACAUGACCGUGGAAGGUUCCUACAGACCGUUCAAUCGCAUCGGCAUCGAAAGCAACCGCUCGCCCUUCCAGAAGAUGAGCUUCGAGACGACAAUGCACUUCCUGCGCCAGGCGACGGUCAACGGAGACACCGACAAUCUCAUAUCGCCCUCGGCUCGGAUUGUGGCCGGUCUGCCAGCGUUGGGAGGUACUGGCUGCAUGGAUAUCUUGCAGCCACUCGCUUAACGCCGGAUCUGCAACUUUGUACAGUGAUGCUGCUCUGUGUGGCUGUGUAAUAUAGUGGCUGUGAACAUAUAUGCCAAGUUUUUUUCCUUAUCUUUUUCUGACUUUAAGUUAACGUACCAGUUGGUGUUCUCCCUCCAUGUCCCUGAAUGCAAGUCCACUCAGUGUUGGGCACUGGGCUUUUAUGUACUCUCUGAGUAGAGGGUUUAUACUGGAGACUGGAGACAUCUUUUAUCAUCGCAAACUCUGGAGCGACCUUUUAUCACGCUAGCUUCAAACGCUGUGUGCAACUCUAAUAAAUCCGCUGACAAGCUUCUGUUGUCAAUGCAGUGUACAUAAUUAUGUGUAGUGUAUGUGUGAAGCUGUGCCCCAGACAGGCACUACAAUGUCACCGAUGUGUUUUGAGCUUUGA